AUGCAGGAGACUUCUCGCUUCCACACUUCCCGCACAGCAGCAAGCAAGCAAGCAAGCAAGCAAGCAAUGACGGCCGAGCUCGCUGCUGCUUGUCAGGCAGGACGCACAGAAGCCAACGAUGUGGACGCCAGAACCAAAUCGCGUCACACAGCGUUGCGAGACGGUUCGUGUGCCAGCGACACAGGCCUACCUGCCUACGGAAUCCGUAACCAAGACCUGGAAAUGUUCAAACGACGCAUUAUUGAUGAUAAGAGCCGCCUUUGCACCAGGCUGAGCUUCGGAAGCAGUCGGCUCCCAGCAUCGCAGAAUAGUCCAUUGCUCGAGCGUGCCGUGCACUUCGAACAACAAAAGCAUGUCGAAGCUGCAUUGCAUACGACACACUACUUUCCCUUCCCGAUGAUUUACCAUUGGGCUUCCGACGAAAAUUCAUGCCAUGCCGUAAUCACGCAUCCAAAGCCCGUCAGGGGGAAAGAAAUGUCCUCACAAUAUAAGCAAUCAAUCACCACAACCACCACCCUUCCUUCUUCUCAUCAAGUCAUCGAACAAAAUAUCUCAAGACUCUGA